AUGGGGAAUGUCUCUCCUACCACGCGCCAGCUGCUUACAGAAUCCAUCAUAUUCUGGAGCGUUGGGAUCGUGUUGUACAUUGGCCGAAUGGUGUCUCGUGUGAUUGCCACUGGGUCCCUCAAGCGGUUGUACUUCGAAGAUUACGUGAUGACCCUGACGUUUCUCAUAUACACCAGUCUUCUGAUAUUGAUCCAAAUAUCCUCCCACUAUGCAACGAAUCUUAUGGACCCAGCGGACUAUGACCAGGUGCUUCGCGACCCACAGCAGGUUCAAGACCGAAUUUUUGGCAGCAAAAUUGUGAUUGGCUUGGAGCAAUGUAUGCUGUUCUCGACCUGGGGCGUCAAGAUCUGCAUGUUGACAAUGUUCUGGCGGCUCACCAAGAAUCUCCGCCUGCACCUGUACGUGAAGAUCGUGGCAGUGUAUGUGGCAGUUGGAUUUGUGGUGAUCAUGGUGACCUAUUAUGCGGUCUACUGUCGACCAUUCUCCCAAUACUGGGCGAUGCCAGUGGAGAAUCUGCAGUGCGCUACCUACCAACGCUACUCCAUCACACAAGCAGUUUUCAACCUCUCGUCUGACGCAGCAAUGCUUGCUGUCCCGAUUCCGUUGAUCAUCAAAACACAGAUGAAAAGGACGAAGAAGGUGCUACUGAUCUGUAUCAUGAGCCUAGGCGUUUUCACGAUCGUAGCAGCGAUUCUCAACAAAGUGUACAACUUUGCCUCGCCAUACACGACCACAUAUCAGAUAUGGUAUAUCCGUGAAGCAAGUACGUCAAUCUAUGUGGCGAACCUGGUGUGUCUGUGGCCGCUGAUGCGGAAAAUAUUUGGUUUUGUUGCAACGCAGCGAGGAAGCGACCCAGACCGUGCUCGACGAGGGCCGGCAAACAAAGGCCGUGCGAGGAUAUCGCCCUCCGAAACGGCAAGGGAAUCGCGGUCCCGGCUGUCGACCGUUCUCGAGCGCGCGGGGCUUCUUCGUGUAUUUAGAAAUCGAACGGCAUUUGAGGGCGUGGGCAGCUCAGGAAGCAGCGAGCUGGACAAGCGAACAGCGUGUGCUGGUGUUGCAGGAAUGGGUUCAAUAGAGUUCGGAGUCACGAGUGCUACCAGGGAGAAGUCCGACCUGGAAGCAGGCGCAUCACAUAAUCCGUAG